AUGUCCUUUACUGGGGCAGGUUCCUUCGGGAACUACGACCUCACGGCGCAGAGUACCGGAGCGCCUCUUGGGCGAACGACGACAAACGACCAGCAGCGGGAGGAGGUUGUGACUGCUGGGGGUUCUUCACCGGGACGGAAUGAGAACGACGUGAGCAGGACGAGGGCUACGUCCCUGACUGAGGUGGCCGACAGUGAAGCCGUUAUUCGCAAUGAGAAGGGCAACAUCACCGAUGCCGCCGACGAGGAUGAGGAAGCCAUUGAGGAGGAGCGCCGCCACAGCGCCGUUCUUGCAUUGGCGCGCAAGUACACUUCACAGUCGCAUUACGGUGUCGAGCCCGGCACCAAUGUCUUCGAAGCCGCCCUUCAAGAUGAGAACUCGCCCAUCAACCCCAAUGGGCCCAAUUUCAACAGCAAGGCCUGGGCAAAGGCUGUCGUGAGCAUGAUGGACGGCCGGGGCGCCUCUUUCCGGACCAGCGGUGUUGCUUUCCAGCACCUGAACGUCUUCGGCUUCGGCGCGCCCACCGAUUAUCAGAAGGAUGUUGCCAACGUCUGGCUCGAGCUCGUUGGGCUCGCCCGCAAGCUGACCGGCAACAAGGGACGUCGCAUUGACAUUUUGCGCGAUUUCGAUGGUGUGGUCGAGAAGGGAGAGAUGCUUGUUGUGCUUGGUCCCCCAGGUUCCGGCUGCAGUACCUUUCUCAAGACCAUUGCCGGUGACUACAACGGCAUCUACAUGGAUGAGAACUCGUACUUCAACUACCAAGGCAUGACUGCCAAGGAGAUGCAUACGCACCAUCGUGGUGAAGCCAUCUACACGGCUGAGGUCGACACACAUUUCCCCCAGCUUUCAGUUGGCGACACCCUCACUUUUGCUGCCCGCGCCCGCGCGCCCCGCCAACUUCCCCCAGGGGUCUCCAAGAACAUGUUUGCCCAGCACUUGAGGGAUGUUGUGAUGGCCAUGUUCGGCAUCAGCCACACAGUCAACACCCGUGUAGGUAACGAGUACAUUCGCGGUGUGUCUGGUGGUGAGCGCAAGCGUGUCACCAUUGCCGAGGCUGCCCUGUCCGGUGCCCCUCUUCAGUGCUGGGAUAACAGCACAAGAGGUCUCGAUAGCGCCAAUGCCAUCGAGUUCUGCAAGAACCUGAAAAUGUCGAGCGACCUUUUCCAGAGCACUUGCUGCGUUUCCAUCUACCAGGCUCCCCAGAGCGCAUACGACCUUUUCGACAAGGCCCUCGUGCUUUACGAAGGACGUCAGAUCUUCUUCGGAAAGGCCAGCGAGGCCCGUCAGUACUUCGAGAGACUCGGCUUCGAUUGCCCUUCUCGCCAGACCACCCCCGAUUUCUUGACUUCCAUGACAAGUCCCCUGGAGCGUGUUGUGCGUCCUGGAUGGGAGGACAAGGCUCCCCGCACACCCGAUGAGUUCGCUGCCGCCUGGAAGAAGAGCCCCGAGUACCAGGCUCUGCAGGCCCAGAUCGAAGCCUACAAGGCGUCGCAUCCCAUCAACGGUCCCGAUGCUGAAGCUUUCCGCGCGUCCAAGCAGGCCCAGCAGGCCAAGAGCCAGCGUGUCAAGUCGCCCUUCACCCUCUCCUACAUGCAGCAGAUUCAGCUGUGCCUCUGGAGAGGUUGGAAGCGCCUGACCGGUGAUCCUAGUCUGAGCAUCGGUGCUCUGGUUGGAAACACCAUCAUGGCUCUCAUCAUCUCCAGUAUCUUCUACAACCUCCAACCCACAACGGACAGCUUCUACCAACGUGGCGCUUUGCUCUUCUUCGCUUGUCUUAUGAACGCCUUCUCCAGUGCUCUCGAAAUUCUCACUCUCUACUCGCAACGUCCCAUUGUCGAAAAACACAAGGCCUACGCUCUUUACCACCCAUCUGCUGAAGCCAUCGCCUCGAUGCUGUGCGAUUUGCCAUACAAGAUUGCCAACACCCUCGUCUUCAACCUGACCUUGUACUUCAUGACGAAUCUGCGUCGGGAAGCGGGCGCUUUCUUCUUUUUCCUGCUGUUCUCGUUCUUCACUGUCCUGGUCAUGUCCAUGAUCUUCCGGACAAUUGCCAGCUCCACAAGAACGCUCUCGCAGGCCAUGGUUCCCGCCGCCGCCAUCAUUCUCGCCUUGGUCAUCUUCACUGGUUUCGUCAUCCCCAUCGAUUACAUGCCUGGAUGGUGCCGCUGGAUCAACUACAUCGAUCCCCUGGCCUAUUCCUUCGAGUCUCUCAUGGUCAACGAAUUCCACGGUCGCAAUUUCACUUGCACCCAGUUUGUGCCUAACCUCCUGAUUCCUGGUUAUGGUGACAUUAGCCCGGCCAACCGCGCUUGCUCCGCCAUCGGUUCCAUUGCUGGCUCAUCUGUUGUCAAUGGCGACGACUACAUCAACUCGGCUUUCAAGUACUACGUGUCUCAUAAGUGGCGCAACUUUGGUAUCUUGCUCGCCUUCAUCGCCUUCUUCACCACCACCUACAUGCUUGCGGCUGAGACAGUCUCUGCUGCCAAGAGCAAGGGUGAGGUCUUGCUCUUCCGUCGCGGCCACAAGCCUGCGUCCUUCAAGGAGAACAAGGGUGAUGCCGAAUCUGGCGGUGUCGCUGUUGCUGGACCUGUUGCCAAGGCGGCUGCUGGGUACCAGUCCGAUAAGGAGAGUGGCAACAUCCAGGGCUCGACUAGUGUUUUCCAUUGGAACAACGUCUGCUACGAGGUCAAGGUCAAGAAGGAGACUCGCCAGAUCCUGAACAAUGUGGACGGAUGGGUGAAGCCCGGUACUCUCACGGCUCUCAUGGGCGUCUCCGGCGCUGGCAAGACCACUCUUCUCGACUGCUUGGCUGACCGAACCUCCAUGGGUGUUAUCACGGGAGAAAUGCUUGUUGAUGGCCUUCCCAGAGACGCUUCUUUCCAGCGCAAGACCGGCUACGUUCAGCAACAGGAUCUUCAUCUUCAAACUACCACCGUUCGCGAGGCCUUGAACUUUAGCGCUCUCCUUCGUCAACCCGCGCACGUCCCCCGCGAAGAGAAGCUCGCUUAUGUUGAUGAGGUUAUCAAGCUUUUGGAAAUGGAGGAAUACGCUGACGCCAUCAUCGGUGUCCCUGGCGAAGGUCUCAACGUUGAACAGCGCAAGCGUCUUACUAUCGGUGUCGAACUUGCUGCCAAGCCCCCUCUGCUCCUCUUCGUUGAUGAGCCUACCUCCGGUCUCGACAGUCAAACAUCUUGGGCCAUUUUGGAUCUUCUCGAGAAGCUCACCAAGAGCGGACAAGCCAUUCUCUGCACCAUUCAUCAGCCCUCGGCCAUGCUCUUCCAGCGCUUCGACAGACUCUUGUUUCUGGCCAAGGGUGGCAGGACUGUGUACUUUGGCGAUAUCGGCGAAAACUCCAAGACCAUGACUUCCUACUUUGAGCGCAAUGGUGGCUUCCCUUGCCCUGCUGACGCCAACCCCGCUGAGUGGAUGUUGGAGGUUAUCGGUGCUGCCCCUGGAAGUGUUACCAAUGUCGACUGGCACCAGGCCUGGCGCGAGAGUCCCGAGUAUGCUGCCGUCCAGGAAGAGCUUCAGCGUCUCAAGGCCCAGGCCAAGCCCUCUGAUGCCCUCGCCACCGACGAUGGAAGUUAUCGUGAGUUCGCUGCUCCCUUCGGCGAGCAACUCCGCAGUGUCACCCAUCGUGUCUUCCAGCAAUACUGGCGCACUCCCACCUACAUUUACUCCAAGGCCAUUCUCUGCCUCAUCGUCUCGCUCUUCAUCGGCUUCGUUUUUUUCAAAGCUCCCAACACCAUCCAGGGUCUCCAGAACCAGAUGUUUGCCAUCUUCAACAUUCUCACCGUCUUCGGCCAGCUCGUACAGCAGACUAUGCCUCACUUCGUCGUCCAACGCUCCUUGUAUGAGGUCCGCGAGCGUCCCUCCAAAGUCUACAGCUGGAAGGUCUUUAUGCUCUCGCAGAUCAUUGUUGAGCUCCCCUGGAACACCCUCAUGGCCGCUCUGAUGUUCGUCACCUGGUACUACCCCGUCGGGCUUGAUGCAAACGCUGCCGCCGCCGGCCAGACUGCCGAGCGUGGCGCUCUCAUGUUCCUGCUCCUGGUCGCCUUCAUGCUGUUCACCUCCACCUUCACUGAUUUCAUCAUUGCUGGUUUUGAGACGGCCGAAGCAGGCGGCAACAUCGCCAACUUGCUCUUCAGUUUGUGCUUGAUCUUCUGCGGUGUCCUGGCUACCCCUGAAACCAUGCCCAGGUUCUGGAUCUUCAUGUAUCGCGUCAGUCCCUUCACGUACCUUGUCAGCGCCAUGCUGUCCACCGCUGUCGCCAACUCCGAAGUCGUCUGCGCUGCCAAUGAGUUGCAGAAGUUUGCGCCCCCCUCGGGUCAAACUUGCUUCGAGUACCUCGAAUCCUACAUGGAGAUUGCCGGUGGUUAUCUCACCAAUCCCAACAGCACCGACAUGUGCUCAUUCUGCACCAUCAAGGACACCAACGUGUUCCUUGCUCAGGUCGGCGCCAACUAUGACGACAGAUGGCGCAACUUUGGUAUCCUCUGGGCCUUCAUCAUCUUCAACAUUUUCGCUGCUCUCGGUGUAUACUGGCUCGUCCGUGUACCCAAGAAGAAGCUCGGUGCCAAGGCGAAGAAGGAGUAG